ACAAAUGGAAGAAAGCAGUCUUACAUAUUUGUUUAAUAUGUGCAUUGAAGGACAUGUCCUGGUCAAAAAUGACUCCAAGGUUCCUCACAGUGUUACUGGAGGCCAAGGCUUUAUCAGAGCAGAACUUUCCUUUCCUCCUGCUGUGACGGCCAUAUCCAGAGGAAGAGUGAUCACCUUUGACAGCCUCAGUGUUCAACGCCUGAGCUGUGAGAGGGGAGUGAUCACUGUGCAGUCAGCUGUGUACAGAUGUGCAGAUACACAAACCUGCUCUCAGCAUGGCACUCAGGACAUCAAGAACAGCUGUGAUGGGAGAAAAGUGUGUGACAUAAAUAUGAACAUCAUCAGUACUUCUGAUCCCGGCGUCUGCACGUACCUGGACACCACCUACACCUGCGUCCCAGAGAUCCACAGUGUAACAUGUGAAGAUUCUCAGGCGAAACUUCAGUGUGGUGAAGGACAGGUUAUAGUCGUCUACUGGGCUAAUUAUGGUCGCCGUGACACCACAUGCUCUGAUGGACGUCCUGACUCUCAGCUCCAAAAUGUUCACUGUUCAAGUCCCAAUAGUACAGAAUAUGUAACUAAGAGGUGUAACUGGCAGAACAGCUGUACUGUUGGAGCAUCAAACACAGUGUUUGGAGACCCCUGUAGUGGCACCCGCAAGUACCUGGAGGUGGUUUAUGGCUGUCAGACUCCUUCCUGCCCUCCUGGUUGGACUUGGUUUGGAGGUCGCUGUUUCAUCUUCAACAGCAGCAUGAAGAUCUGGACUGAUGCUGAGAGUUCCUGUGAGACACUCGGUGGACAUCUGGCCUCAUUCCACAGCACAGCUGAGUACACCUUCAUCAGAGAGCUCACUCACACAGCAGCAGGGUCAUAUCCAUCAACUUGGGUUGGAGGCAGAGAGACUGAAACUGUGUGGAUGUGGAGUGAUGGUUCCCAGUUUGACUUCAUAAUCUGGGGCAGUGGAGAACCAAACAACCCUGGAGGAAAUAACUGUAUACAGAUAAACUAUGGAGAAAUACACCAAGGUCUCCGUCCGAUCCACCAUCAGCUCAGCUCGUCACCGACAGCCAGACCUCCGAACACGAUGCUCUGCUCCGGACUCAGCAGCACGCUGUUGCUGGCAGCAACAUGUUUACUCAUGAGUUCAGGUGUAACCCGAGCCAAACGUUAUGUCCCGUCCACUGCGACUGCCAUAUCCACCAACAGAGUGAUCACCUGCGACGGCCAUCUGGUCCAGCACCUGGGCUGUGAGAGCGGCGUGAUCGUUGUGGAGUCAGUCGAGUACACAUGUGGAGAUGAAGAAGACUGCUCUCAGCACGACAAUCUGAAGGUCAUCAAGAAGAGCUGUGACGGAAAGAAAACGUGUGACAUAGACAUCCAAAUCUUUGGUACUCCUGAUCCCGGCACCUGCAAAUACCUGGACACCACCUUCGCCUGCUUCCCAGCAGUCCACAGCACAGCGUGUGAAGGAUCCAACGCAAACCUUCGGUGUGAUGAAGGAGAGGUUAUAGUCGUCUACUGGGCUGACUACGGGCGCCGCGAUACGACCACAUGCUCUCAGCAUCGUCCAACCCACGAGAUCCAAAACGCCCAUUGCCCCAAUCCCACCACUAAAGUAGCUGACAGCUGUAACGGGAAAAGCAGCUGCAUUAUUGAAGCGAGCAACUCUGUGUUUGGAGACCCGUGUCCAGGCACCUACAAGUACCUGGAGGUGGCCUACGACUGUGAGCUGCACACCGUAGCAUGUGAAGGAUCUCAGGCAAACCUUCAUUGUGAUGACGGACACGUUAUCGCCGUCCACUGGGCUAAUUACGGACGCCGCGAUACGACCACGUGCUCUUACCAGCGUCCAGACCACGAGAUCCAGAAUGCCCAAUGCACCAAUCCCACGUCUAAAGUGGCUGACAGCUGUAACGGGAAAAGCAGCUGCAUCAUCGAAGCGAGCAACUCGGAGUUCGGAGACCCGUGUCCGGGCACCUACAAGUACCUGGAGGUUGCCUACGACUGUCCGUUCCACAGUAUCACAUGUGAACAUUCUUAUGCAAACCUUCAUUGUGAUGAAGGACACGUUAUAAUCGUCCUGUCGGCUGAAUACGGCCGCGAUGACUCGACCACGUGCUCUUACAAACGUCCUCCCGCUCAGCUCAGAAACACCCAGUGCUCAAUUCCCACGAGCAAAGUAGCCGAGAGCUGUAACGGCAGAAACAGCUGUUCCAUCAAAGUAAGGAACUCUAUGUUUGGAGACCCGUGUCCAGGCACCUAUAAGUACCUGGAGGUGGUCUACACCUGCGAGCAUCUGGUUGAAGAAGAAAAUCCAUCAAAUCAAUAAAACACCAUGUUUGUGCUUCAAAUGGAAUGAUUAUCCAAUCAGUAGUCAAUAGGUAGAUAAAUCCAAUGCAACACGUGGCCUAUAGGAGU